UCCACCCCCGUCACUUUCCCAUUCCAUUCCCCCUUCAUUCAUCACCCUCUCCUCUCAAACCCUACCUACGCUGUCGCUGCGCCUCCUCCCUCAAGUUCUCGUCUCUUCCUCACGCGUCCUUCCUCAAGUUGCUGCGCCUGCUGCCAUUGUUCGUAGCAUUGUACGUAGCAUUCUUCUUCUCAAUCUCGAUUUUGCUGCCGCCAUUGUUAAAUAACUCAUUAGGUGCCCUUGAUGGUACAAUGAUUCUAGUGAAUGUUCCUUAUGAUGAUCGAUCCAAAUAUCGGACUAGAAAAGGUACCCUUGCUAUGAAUGUAUUAGGAGUAUGUUCACCCGAGAUGGAGCUUAUAUAUGUCUUACCUGGUUGGGAGGGGUCGGUACACAAUGGUCGAAUUCUUCGAGAUGCUAUUUUUAGGCCUAAUGGGUUAAAAGUUCCAAAAGGUUGUUAUUAUCUAUGUGAUGGAGGAUAUACUAAUGGAGAAGGAUUCCUUGCACCAUAUAGAGAGCAUCUUUAUCAUCUUAGAGAAUGGAAUAAUGGCCCUCGACAACCUCAAACCGUCGAAGAAUAUUUCAACUUAAGGCAUGCAAAAGCUAGAAAUGUGAUUGAGAGAUGCUUUGGGUUACUCAAGGGAAGAUGGGAGAUUCUUAGAAGUCCUUCUUGGUUUAGUUUACAAACACAUGGUCGAAUUGUACUUGCUUGUGCCUUAUUACAUAAUUUGGUAAAGAGAUACAUGCUUGCAGAAUUUGAUGAUGAAGACUUGUUUGAGGAAAAUGAUAGUGAUGAUAAUGAUGGUGAUGAUAAUGAGGAAGAUGAUGUGGAGUACAUAACCUCCAUUGCUGUAACUGAUCCAUGGACGAAUUUUCGAAAUAUAAUGGCCUAAUAUAUGUUCAAUGAUUGGAGGGCUACACACCGCAGACUUACUUUGUGAUGUUAUUCCUUUUUAUUUAAAAAAAAUUGUUUCUUGUAUUUGAACUUGAGACUUGUAUGUUUAUUUCAUGCUUGAUUUUUUUUUUACUUGUAUUGUACUUGAGGAUAAUUUCCUUUGUUUACUUGUAUUGAAUAUUUCUUGGUUAAUUUCAUUUUUAUAUACAUGCACUUUUGUUUUUACUAUGAUCAAUAUGGUUCAAAUGUUAUAGAGGAUGGAUGAAAGUAGUGCAAGUGGAGGUGGAAGGGGAAAAAACAAACGAUUUUGGACUGCUCAAGAAAAUAAAGUUCUUGUAGAAGCAUUGUCAGAGCUAGCUGUGGAUCCUCACUGGAGGUAUGAUAAUGGAUUCAGAAGCGGCUACAUGGUUCGCUUAGAGGAGAUCAUAGAUAAGGCUCUUCCUGGUUGUGGUUGGAAGGCUCUGCCACACAUUGAUUCUCGACUUAAGACACUUGUAGCCAAGUUUAGGGCUAUUUCUGAAAUGUUAAAUACAAGUGGAUUCGUUUGGGAUGAUGAAAAAAAUGGUUUUUGUGGACCGGGCUGUUUAUGACGAGUUUUGCAAGGUAUGACAACCUUUGUAAGGUCAUUUUAAUUAUGUUUGAGAUUGUUUGAUGAUGUUGUACAUUUGAUCAUUUUGAGCAUUUUUUUUUAGAAUCAUCCGAAUUGCAAAAACUUGUUUGGAGUUUCAUUUUCGCACUUUCAUGAACUCAUGAAUGUUUAUGGCAAGGAUUAUGCUACUGGAAAACCAGUUGAAGCAAUCAAGAAUUUGCAAAAUGUUGCCCCUCCACAGGUGACACUUGAUUCAAGUGAUGAUGAGGGAAUUGCUGCUAGUGGUAAUGCCACUCAAACUGUUACUUCUCCUCCUGCAAAAAAUAUGAAGACUGAAAAAACUUCUAAAAGAAGUAAGAGAGGAAAUGGUGGUGAAGGUAGUUCUAAUGAAUUGGCUAGCUUACAAGCAUUCAUGAAAGACAUGAAUGUUCAUCUUUCUACUAUGGCAAAUGUGAUGGCCCGCACUGAUGAUCGUGAGCAAAAAAUAGUUUAAAAGACUGAGCAAGUGCUAGAGGAACUACUCUCUUUCAAUUUAGAAGGUGUAACUCCUAACCAAGUUUUUGAAGUGGCUAGCAUUCUAACCGCACAACCAAACAAGCUCCUGAUAUUUUCAAAGUAUCCCGACGCUUUGAAACGUGCUUAUGUUAAGAGUUUUCUUGGAGGAAAUAGUUUUGCUUAGAUCUUAUGUUGUGGUUGCAUGAAUGCUUUUGAAAGGACUAGAACACUUCUGGUAUGUAUUUUGAUCUACAAACAAGUGAUUAUUUGUAAUCAAUCGAGCUAGAAAGAUAUUAUUUAGAGUUAUAUUUUUUUAAAAAAUAAGUUUUUCAAGUUUAACAUAUAACUAGUUAUUUUUGGAAAAAAUAUAAAAUAAUUUUAAAAAACUCAUAAUUUGAUUCCUUAACUUGAACCAAACAGUCACAAAGGGAAUCAAUGAGCAGUUCAUUCCGUU